AUGGAGUCAAACAAUACUCUUUGCCAAAAGGGAGCUGUUUGCAUUAACACAAAUGGUAGCUACUACUGCAAUUGCUCACCUGGUCACUACAGAGAUGAUGCCAAACCUAUGUAUGAGUGUGUACGCAACAAAGGAAAACUCAAGGCAGCUCUUCUUGUUUCUUCAGGAAUAGUAGUCACUCUUGUUCUUCUCACCCUACUUGCUAUUGGCUUUUGGUUGAAUCAAGAACUUGAGAUGAGAAAGAAAAGCAAACUCAAGCAGAUGUCCUUCAAGAAGAAUGGUGGUCUUCUACUGGAACAGCAAAUCUCUUCAAGUAGUAUAGGAAGUAGGGUUGAGAAAACAAAACUCUAUACCAUAGAAGAGUUGGAGAAGUCAACAAACAAUUUCAAUGCAGGUAGAGUUCUUGGAAAGGGAGGUCGUGGUAAAGUAUACAAAGGGAUGCUAUUAGAUGGAAGCAUAGUGGCCAUUAAGAAAUCAAUUGUAGUUGAUGGAAGGCAAGUCGUUGAGUUUAUCAACGAAGUUUUCAUUCUUUCACAGAUUAACCAUAGGCACAUAGUGAAACUGUUAGGUUGCUGUUUGGAGAGUGAAGUUCCUUUACUGGUUUAUGAAUACGUCUCCAAUGAUACUCUCUCCCACCAUCUCCAUAAUGAGGACCAUGCAUCAACAUUGUCUUGGGAAGAGCGCUUGCGAAUUGCAGAUGAAAUUGCAGGAGCCCUAGCAUAUUUACAUUCAUAUGCUUCUACAGCUAUCCUUCAUAGGGAUAUCAAGUCUAGGAACAUACUGCUGGACGAGAACUUCAGGGCUGUGGUUUCUGAUUUUGGACUUUCAAGGUCAAUUGCCCAUGAAAAAACACACUUGAGCACAUUAGUGCAGGGCACAUUUGGUUACUUGGAUCCAGAGUAUUUUCGGUCGGGUCAGUUUACAGACAAAAGUGAUGUAUACGGGUUUGGGAUGAUUCUUGCUGAACUUCUCACGGGUGAAAAAGUGAUUUGUUCUAGUAGAUCUGAAGAGAGUCUAGCAAUUCAUUUUAGAUUGGCAAUGAAACAAUAUUUCCUGUUUGAAAUUCUAGACAAGGUGAUAGUGAACGAAGGUCAGGAAAAGGAGAUUCUUGCUGUUGCUAAAAUUGCUAAGAGAUGCCUGAAGUUGAGUGGGAAGAAAAGGCCAGCCAUGAAAGAAAUAGUAGCAGAUCUCCACCAAUUGAGGAGGACUAUGAAGCAGCCAUCACUUAAGCAGACCUGCUAG